AUGUUGCGUCUUCUAGCCUCGCCAGCUUCCGAGAAUUCCCCUCGAUUAAGCCCGCUUCUGAGGGGAAGGGAACACCCCGGUGUGAGUAACCCAAGCCCCAGCAGCAGCAGCAGCAGCAGCAGCAACGGCACCCCUGGCCUCUCCAGCGCCACGCUGCUGCAUCCUUCAAGGACACCGUUGACCCGUCCCAGCAGCAGCAGCAGCAGCAGCAGCUGUUUUCUGUCGCGUGCUGCUUACCACCACUCCUCGGAGCUGCAGCGGUACUUCACUAACCGCUUCCACAAGAAGAUCUGCCCCCGCUGCAGCAGACCAAACAUCUUGCCAGCUUGCUGCUGCUGCUGCUGCCAGCAGCAGCUCUCGGACCUGCACAUACACCCCGUCGGCAAAGACCCUCUCUGCGAGCUUGUGCUGUCUAGACACCGCAACCACGACGCCUCUUCUUUCCUCCUUUCUCGUCUUUCAGAUUCCAAACAACUUCCAGAUUCAGAAGUUCCUUACCUUUCCCUCGAAGCUUUCCUGAACCAGUCCCCCAAGCCCCUUGGGGGGCACCCCGGGGUCCCCCCUGGGAGCCCCCCAGGGGGCCCCCCCUGGGGGGCCCCCGGGGGGGCCCCCGGGGAGUCUGUGGGUUUUUGCGAACUGUUUCGUUCGUUCAAGUUUGUAGUUUCAGUGUUUCCGUUUUCUGCGGCGUUUGUACACCUGGUGGGGGUUCCGAAGGCGUCGAUUUAUGAUUUGAAACAGCUGAGGAGAAGUCAUUUGGGAUUGUUGUUGAAAAUGAAGGAAAAGACGGAGUUGCUGGUGGGUCUUUUGGUGGACUUGCAUUUGAAAAAGUUAAAAAGUGAAGCUGCAGAGGCGGCGGCGAAGGCGGGGGUGGACGGAGGUGCGGAUACACCUGAAGCGGGUUGCUGGGGUGUACGUACACCUGGGGAGGCGGCGCCGGGUCGUAAUGCAGGGGAGCAAAAGCCGCAGCUGUCAAAAGAAUUAAAUGAAUUAAAAACGAAGGAAAUAAAUUCAAAGUUGAAACAAAUGACUGUCUUCGGAUUCAAUUAUCCCGCAGAGUUCAGCCAACUCUGCAUGCAUGCACUCACUCCCCCCUUUUCCAACUUUUCUCUUUUCCAGUUUCCUUUCUUUUAUCCUUUCAACAAAGUUGCCAAAGACCUCCAAAGCCGCGGCGCUGUCCAAGUUGUUCCUGCUGCUGCUGCUGCUGCUGCUGCUGCUCUCAGCGAAGACGACUCAGCUGUACAGACAGUCAAGGAGAGAGACGCUGCAGCUCGCCAGCUGUUGCUGCAGCUCAAUUUGAAAUGA